AUGAAGAUCUCUAUCGCCAUUACUGUAGCCGCAGUUGCGGCCUCAUCUGUCUUCGCCGAGGAGGAGUUCUGCGGUCAAUGGAACUCAACGCAGACGGACGACUACACCAUCUACAACAACCUGUGGGGGCAAGACAACGACAAGGCGGGAGGCCAGUGCACGGGCCUCGAUAGUGUCGACGGCUCUACCAUCGCCUGGCACACGAGCUUCAACUGGGCAGGCGAUAACUGGCAGGUCAAGUCCUUCGCCAACGCCGCCCUCAAGUUCAACCCGGUGCAAAUAGCGAACGUCGCGUCGAUCCCUUCGACUAUCGAGUACGAUUACAAAUAUGACGGCAAUAUCAUCACCAAUGUGGCGUAUGAUUUGUUCACUAGCGCUACCGCUAAUGGGACCGUCGAGUAUGAGUUGAUGGUAUGGCUGGCUGCGCUCGGUGGCGCCUGGCCUCUCACCACGACCGGAAAGCCUAUCAAGGAGGUGAAGGUUAGCAACGUUGACUUUAACCUGUACCAGGGCAAGAACGGCAACACCACAGUGUUCUCAUACGUCGCAGUCAACAUGACCAAGAGCUUCUCGGCCGAUUUCAAGCAGUUCUUCGACGAGUUGCCAGCGGACAACACCAUCGCCCCGACCCAGUAUCUGACUCACGUCCAGGCUGGCACGGAGCCGUUCCAGGGUAAGAACGCCACAAUGACCGUGUGCAAGUAUUCGGCAGCAGUCAAGUCGGCUUAA